UGGCUUCAUUUGAAGUUAUUUGCUCUUCUCGCUGUUCCUGUUUGGAUGGUUAUUUCGACGCAAAAUUAUCUUCGGCAUUUAGGAAAAAACUCUACAUUUCCAUGAGUCCAGUGGACAAAGGUUAAUCGCACCAAUGGUGAAGUUUAAACCAAAGUUUCUGAUUUUAAGAGAUUUUUUUUGCUACGAUGAGGAUGUGGACCACAGGUCUGGUUUAAAACUGAAUCUGGGUCAUUAAAGCAGUAAAUCCUCCAGUCCUUCAGCAUGGAUCUGCUGUGCCAGUCCGGAGGAGAAAUCCAGCGCAGAAACCCACAGAAUGACUUUGAGCUUAUCCAGAGAGUUGGCAGUGGAACCUACGGAGACGUAUACAAGGCUCGAAACAUUUCCACUGGUGAACUUGCAGCAGUGAAGAUCAUCAAACUAGAGCCCGGUGAUGAUUUCUCAAUCAUCCAGCAGGAGAUUUUUAUGGUGAAGGAAUGCACCCAUCACAACAUUGUGGCUUACUUUGGCAGCUACCUCUGCCGUGAGAAAUUGUGGAUUUGUAUGGAAUACUGCGGUGGAGGGUCAUUACAAGACAUUUAUCAUGUUACAGGUCCCCUCUCAGAACUUCAGAUUGCCUAUGUUUGCAGAGAGACUUUACAGGGUCUGGGUUAUCUGCACUCCAAAGGGAAGAUGCACCGAGACAUUAAGGGGGCAAAUAUUCUGCUCACAGACAAUGGAGACGUCAAAUUAGCGGACUUUGGAGUAGCUGCAAAAAUAACGGCCACCAUGGCAAAAAGAAAAUCCUUUAUUGGGACACCCUACUGGAUGGCUCCAGAGGUGGCGGCAGUAGAGAAGAACGGAGGUUAUAAUCAGCUAUGUGAUAUCUGGGCUGUUGGAAUCACAUCGAUAGAGCUGGCAGAACUACAGCCCCCAAUGUUUGAACUGCAUCCCAUGAGGGCUUUAUUUCUGAUGUCUAAAAGCAACUUCCAGCCUCCCAAGUUAAAGGACAAGAAUAAAUGGUCUACAACAUUUCAUAAUUUUAUAAAAAUCUCUCUCACUAAGAACACGAAGAAGAGACCAACAGCUGAGAAGCUGCUCACGCACUUAUUUGUGACUCAGACAGGUUUGACUCGACGGUUAGCUCAAGAGCUGCUUGAUAAGAUGAGCAAUCCAGAUAAUCAUCAGUCCCACUACAACCAGGGAGAUGAAGAUGACCUGGAGCCGCUUGCAGAGCGUCACACCAUCCGUUCGUCUCGCAGCAAGAGCUCUCGUGCUGAAAGAACCCAGUCACAGAUCAACUUUGAUAAGAUUCAGUUUGAGCCCCCUAUGAGAAAAGAGACGGAAGCAAGCACUGAGAUGGACAUGACUAAAGACAACGACUUCUCAUCCCCCUGGAGCCCAUCUGCUGAUGGCCCCAUUACCUCCAGGGGGCACAUGUCUCCAUUAGAAGAUGCCUUUGAGGACGUUGUUCUCUCGACUCUUAAACAGGGAGUGCCGCCACCUCUGCCUCCCAAGCCCCCUCAGGUUCAGGCCAGCAGUAUUUCCGAUGAGUUUGGCGGCUGUCAGACGGUGCGGAGGUUCCCGGGUUCUGAUAACGGGCCGGUACCGGUGGCUCAUAGACAGAGCACACCUGAGAGAGGAACCAAGACAGACCACAACCAGUCUGACUACCUGUCUGUGAGGGUCAGCAGCCCAGGCCUGCUCUCGCACACUGCUGACCACGAGGAGGAUUCAGAUGGAAGUGUAAAUGGAGAUGUUUCAAAGUCGCCUCCCAGUCGUCCCCAGAGGAAAGAGAGAAGAGACUUCCCUAAACCUGCUAUUAACGGCCUCCCACCCACGCCCAAAGUUCUGAUGGGAGCUUGUUUCUCAAAGGUGUUUGACGGUUGUCCUCUUAAAAUGAACUGUGCCACUUCAUGGAUUCACCCAGAUACUAAAGACCAGUAUCUGAUAUUUGGCACUGAAGAUGGCAUCUAUACUCUGAACCUAAAUGAGCUUCAUGAAGCCACCAUGGAGCAGUUGUUUCCACGACGAUGCACAUGGCUCUACAUAAUCAAUAAUAAUCUGAUGUCAUUAUCAGAAGGGAAGACGUUUCAGUUGUAUACCCAUAAUCUUAUCGGGCUGUUUGAACAGCUAAGGAAACCAGGACUGGCCACUCCACUCCAGUUCCACACCCAUAGAUUCCCUGACAAGAUUCUGCCCAGGAGAUUUGCUCUCACCACCAAGAUCCCAGACACCAAGGGCUGCCACAAGUGUUGCAUUGUGCGUAAUCCCUAUACUGGUCAUAAGUAUCUCUGCGGUGCUUUGCAGUCUGGGAUUGUUUUGCUCCAGUGGUAUGAACCCAUGCAGAGAUUCAUGCUUAUAAAGCACUUUGAUUUCCCAUUGCCUAAUCCACUGCAUGUGUUUGAGAUGCUGGUGGUCCCUGAGCAGGAGUAUCCUCUGGUCUGUGUGGAAGUCAGUCAGGGCACAGAGCCGGGACAGGUCGUUCGCUUCCAGACCAUCGACCUCAAUUCCUGCUCGUCCUGGUUCACUGAGAUUGGCUCAGGUGGGAACAAGGUUGAUGCGAUCCAUGUGACGCAGUUGGAGAGAGACACCGUACUUGUGUGCCUAGACAAGACUGUAAAAAUAGUGAACUUGCUGGGAAAGCUGAAGUCUAAUAAGAAACUGGCGUCUGAGCUGAGCUUUGACUUCUGUGUCGACUCUGUAGUGUGUCUGCAGGACAGUGUUCUAGCCUUCUGGAAACAUGGGAUGCAGGGGAAGAGUUUCAAAUCAAAUGAGGUAACACAGGAGAUUUUGGACCCAAGCAGAGUGUUCAGACUCCUGGGAUCAGACAGAGUUGUUGUUCUGGAGAGCAGGCCCACAGAUAACCCCACAACUCUCAGUAAUCUCUACAUCCUGGCUGGACACGAGAACAGUUAUUAGCUCCGCCCCCAGAUGUUCAGACACGCUGUACCUGGAGCCAUCGCAGUACCCAUGGUGCAUUCAUUUGGAAUGGCACCGAUGUACUGGACGACCACAGCUGAGCUGAUGAGCAGACUGUGUUUAGUGCUAAAUCUCACUGUAGCCUUGUGUCAUACUCUGCCCACUGCCACACUUCUGUACACUGCAGCUGGCCAAUGGGCAUUAAGAAACAAACCACAUGAAGUUUUGAAUGGGCUUUUAGCAGCAAAGUGCAUGCAGUUCUACAGUAGCCAGUCAGAAUCCUGCAAAUCAAGCAAUCGCCGGAACUGCAAGCGAAAAUUGCUCAGCACUAAUACUCCGAAGUUUUUAACCUUAUUAAAUGUAGCCAUUCUAAAUAUUAAGUAAUAAUAAUAAUAAAACCAAAUUAAAAGCUGCAAAUAUAGAACAUUGAGCAAAAAAAAAAAAAAAAAAAGAAUGCUGCUCAUAAUGUGCCAUAUAAUGGAACGGUUUUAUGAAACAUGUAACUAACUUGAGCUAUCGUGAAAGUUUUGUGUUCAUGUGGCUCUGAAACAGCAGGCUUUCACACCAGCUAUUUGGGAAGAUUUUGGGAGAGUGAGUGAGUGUUAUUUAUUCAGCCGAGUCAUGUAAGUGAUGCAUUUUGCCCUCAUGCUACUGGGUGAAUAUAUUUCGGCUGCAGGUCAUUUCCUUUUCUAUUUCCAUCUCCAUCUGAGUAAUAUUUUACAGUUUUCAAUUAUAUCUUUUUAAAAGUAACUUUAAUUCAUACUUGCACCAUGUAAGCACUUUUGUACAUUUUCUGUUUGUAUUUAAAAACGACAAAACAUGGGAGAUGUGAGGUUACUGUGAUAUCUCAAGUAUUUCUGUUGCUUUAGUUGUAAUGUGUGCAGCUUUUGUAAUAAAAAAGGCAAUUGUUAACAGUG